CACAUCACCACCACCUCCACCUGGCCCGACUCCCUCCCUCCCUCGGUCGCUAUGAGCUCACAGGAUGCCGCCGCCCGCCUUCGGGGCCUGUCGCUGCCACUGGUGCUCGGGUCGUCGUCAAAGUACCGGGCCCAGAUUCUGCGGGACCACGGCAUCUCCUUCUCCGUGCAAGUGCCCGACAUUGACGAGAAGGCCAUCACCACUCACCCGGACGACCGGGCCCAGUCCGAUCCAGCCGCGCUGGUGCUGAAGAUCGCCCAUGCCAAAGCCGAUCGGCUCUUGGUGCAGGAGACGACAGCCAAAUCACCCCCGGCCCAGCAAACGGACAGCCAUCCCUCGAGCGAUGCCGUCCAAAACCCGCCGCAUCUGCUGGUGUGCUGUGAUCAGGUCACAGUCUUUGACGGACAAAUCCGCGAGAAGCCUGUGGACCGAGAGGAAUGCCGCCGGUAUCUGCGCUCGUACUCGACAACCAAGCCGGCAGAGACCUACUCCUCUGUUGUCGUCGUCAACACUGCAACGAAGCAGCGCGCCGAGGGCGUCGACAUUGCAAAGCAAUACUUUCAUCCAGUGCCUGACGCCGUGAUCGAGCAGCUGAUUGAGAAGGGCGACGUCAUGUAUUGCUGCGGAGGGUUCCUGAUCGACGACGAUCUGAUCGUGCCUUAUCUGGCUGAACGGGUUGGCGAGACGGAUUCAAUCAUUGGACUGCCGCUGCAACUGCUGGCAUCGCUGGUCGCCAAGGUUUGCUGAAUGGCUGCGUGCGAGACGGGGCCGACCCGCCCAGACAAGGACGGCCUGCAAAUUUGUGUCUGAAGGAGGAGGAGGAGGAGGGGGAGGAGGAAGAGGAAAAGGGGAGGCCGUGCGAAGAAGAAAGGGAGUUGCGCAACCGCCCCCUUCCUCCCCUCGACCCACCGACCUCCCCCGCCCCGCCCAACGACCAACGACCAACAACAUUGGCCUGUAACUGCGGCCCACGGGCAAUUCAACAACGGUGAAUGAGACGGGACGCCGCAUCGUACGGAUCCCGAAGCCGUCUCCUGUCCGGCUGCUCGACCCUGGUGGAGGACGAGGGGGAGACAUGGGCGGCA